AUGUUACCUGGAAAACUAGCUUUUGUGACCGGAGCCGGAGGAGGUAUUGGUCGAGCGAUUUGUCGUGUGAUGGCUCGAGAAGGCGCUACUGUCGUAGCAGCAGACCUUAACAUAAAAAAUGUACAGACCACUGUUGAAGAGCUCACAGGCGAUGGUCACAAAAGUUAUCAACUGGACGUAUCCGAUGUUGAAUCUGUCUCAAGAGUAUUACGUCAAGUGUUUACGGAUUAUUCUGCACCACCGACUGUUGUGGUCAACGCUGCAGGAAUCACAAGAGACAAUUUCAUGUUGAAAAUGUCUGUGCAAGAUUUUGAAAGCGUAUUUAAUGUUAAUGUUAAGGGAACUUUUCUUAUCACCCAAACCAUUUGUAAAGAACUUGUGGAGAGAAAUUUAUCUGGUUCUAUAGUGAAUAUUGGAAGUAUAGUCGCACAACGUGGUAAUAAAGGACAGUGUAAUUACUCAGCUAGCAAGGCUGCCGUUGAAAUCUUCAGUAAAACAGUUGCAUUAGAAAUGGCACGACACAACAUCAGAUGUAACACUGUGUUGCCAGGAUUUACAGUCUCUCCUAUGACUGAUGUGAUACCUGAGAACAUAAAAGAAUUUUUUAAAACAGUCAUUCCCAUGAAGAGAUUUGCUGAUACUGAAGAAAUAGCUGAAGUAGUAACAUUUUUGGCGUCUGAAAAAAGUUCUUACAUUACUGGUACAUCAAUUCCAGUUAGUGGCGGUUAUUAAUAAUAAAAUUAUAAAUUUUAUAAGCUACAAAGCUUAUAUAAGGGACAAAAUUUUGGUAAAAAAAAUUUUUUUGUUAUAAGAUAUUUGUUAUGUUUGCAGUAGUUUGCUGAUUAUAUAUUAAUACUGGAUAGUCUAUAUUUUUCAUUAUUUUUU